AAUAUCAUCCUCUGUGGAUUUUGUCCUAUACACAAACUGUAGAGGGUCAAAAGAUUCUGGUUUGGUGCUCAGGAUCUGUUUCUUUAACAAAACACUUGAUGAGAACCGCUGUGAGAGUCGCUGAUCUGCAGUCAUUAAGACAAGAGACUGUGUCUUUCUGUGGAACAGGAAUGAUAGUGGAGGACAUGAAGCAGAAGGAGCUGCAGUCAGAGUGAGAAAAGAUUGAACAAUCACAUGAUCAGAAACUCCUCCCUCUUACAACACUUACCAGAAAGAGACUGACUUGUUAUAUCUCCUUUCGGUCAUACUGACUCAGUGAACAAUGAAGAAUGAAGAGGAAAAACUUUCAAGAAGGAUUUGAAACGUUUGUUCCUGAACAGACAGCAGAUGUUUGAGAUUCUUGUUGUUUUUCAUUUUUUUUUAAUACCUUGAUUCGGAAAGUUAAAGUUAAGUUGUGAUUGCUGGAACAGUGAAAAUGGCUUCAUUAUCUGAAGAUGAUUUUUCUUGUCCCGUGUGUCGUGAUAUUUUCAAGGAUCCUGUUGUUUUAUUAUGUAGUCACAGUUUCUGUAAAGAGUGUCUUCAGCAGUUCUGGAGAACAAAGGGAACUCAGGAGUGUCCUGUCUGCAGGAAAAGAUCCUUAAGAGAUGAGCCUCCUCCGUGUAAUCUUGUGUUAAAAAACUUGUGUGAGUCGUUCCUGAAGGAGAAAAAUGAGAGGCGUUCAUCAGGAUCUGAGGAGAUCUGCAGUUUACACAGUGAGAAAUUCAAACUCUUCUGUCUGGAGGACAAACAGCCUGUGUGUUUAGUGUGCAGAGAUUCACAACAACACGAAAAUCAUAAAUUCAGACCCAUCGGUGAAGUGGUUUCACCAUAUAAGGAGGAGCUCAAUACAGCAUUAAAGUCCUUACAAAACAAACUUAAACACAAAGUAACCAUUAAAAGAAAGUUUGUGAAAACAGCUCAACACAUCAAGUCUCAAGUUGAGCACACAGAGCGUCAGAUUAAACAGCAGUUUGAGAAGCUUCAUCAGUUUCUCAGAGAUGAAGAAGAAGCUACAAUCACUGCACUGAGGGAGGAAGAGGAGCAGAAGAAGCAGAUGAUGAAGAAGAAGCUGGAGGAGAUGAACAGACACAUCUCAGCUCUUUCACACACAAUCAAAGACAUGGAGGAGAUGAAGAAAGACAAUGACGUCUGCUUUGUGAAGAAGUUUCCAGUCUCAAUGGAAAGAGUCCAGAUCUCACAGCCGGAUCCACAGAUGGCUUCUGGAGCUUUGAUUCAUGUGUCACGUUACUUGGGCAACCUGCAGUUCAGAGUCUGCAAGAAGAUGCAGGACAUCGUCCAAAACACUCCUGUGAUCCUGGAUCCAAACACGGCUCAUCCAUCUCUCAUCCUGUCUGAUGAUCUGACCAGUAUGAGAGACAGCUGGAAGAGUCAACCUCUUCCUGAUAAUCCUGAGAGAUUUAACUAUUAUGAUUGUGUUCUGGCAUCAGAGGGUUUUAACUCAGGAACACACUGCUGGGAUGUGGAGGUUAAAGAGAAUUUAGCCUGGAGUCUUGGAGUAACUACAGCAUCAAACCAGAGGAAGGGAGAGGAUUUCUGUAACACUGGUGUCUGGAGUGUGCAGUAUGAGUCAUCUCACCUUACCUCACUAGUCCUGCCCCGCACUGGUUUUUGUGUUAAACAGGAUCUUGAUCGUGUGAGAGUGUAUCUGGACUAUGACAGAGGAACGGUGUCAUUCUCUGAUCCUGUAACUAACACACAUCUACACACAUUCACAACCACCUUCACUGAAACACUCUUUCCUUUCUUCUGGUGUUUUGAAUCUCUGAGGAUCUUACCAGGUCAAUAGUCAGUAAUUGUUACACCUGUAGGUCUGAAUCAAGCUACUUUCAUCUUUCACAGUCAUCAUGUUUUUCAUUUUUUGGGUGAACUAUACCUUUAAAUAGUUUCACAGAUAUAGGAUAAAUCAAGGAUGUCCAGACUCGGUCCUGGCGGGUGUAGUACCCUCACCGCCUGAUGAGGGGAGAUGAUAUCAGUAUUAAUAAAAGACAGGACAUGGAGCUGCUGCUGCUUCACUAUCAGAGUCUGUUUGUUUGUUUUGUUUUUUUGUUUUUUUAUAACCACUUAAAACAAUUCAAGUAUUUUUUAUAUGUCAAUGAGUGAAAGCAUCACUUCAAGAUAUGUAACAAUAUUAAAAAAGGGUUACCUGUAUUUUCUCAUUGUAUUAACAGUUUUUCAAUAAAGAAAUAUACUGGACAUUACAUAAUCUUUUGUCUUCCUUCAACUGUGCCCGCUUUUUUCACUCUCUAUUUCAAGUCAUUUCAGUGUGCCUAUACUGGUCAUCAGUCUAAAUAAUGUUUACUUUGUUUAUUUAGUUUUUCUCUUUCAGGGUUGCUGCACGUUUUUUAAAGUCAAAUUUAAGGCUUUUUAAGACCUGAAGAAAUAAAAAUUAAUACUAGCAUAGUAGCCUAUACAUUAUGGCUGUUUCCAAUCAAAUGAAAUCGUUAUCAACAAAAUCCAUGUUUGCAAUACAGUGGUGACACAGAAUGAGAAGUGGCAUUAAUAUAUUUACACAGCAUUUACAAUUUGUCUACAUAAAUUUAAUUCAAUAUUUAAAUAUGGAAUUUUUUUCUAAUUUUAACUUUUUAAUUAAAAUGUACCUUAAAUAUGAAACUAAACUAAACUGCCAGUAGGUGGCAGCAAGUCACUGUCUUAAUGAGUGAGUGUUCAAAUGACUGAGUCAUUCAGGAAUGAAGCUCGGAUUCAUUCGUUCUAAAUGCGGAUUCAGUCAGUAUAACAAAAAUAUUUCUGUUGCACGGGGCCUGUUCGUUGGCGAAAUAAAGGAAAAAAACUAUACUAACAAUACUGUGUCUAAAAUGUAACUCACAUUGUUCAUUUAACAAUAAGUUGAAGGAACAUUGCAUUUGUGCUGAUUUGGGAAAAACGGCACUCUUGCUCGUGUGAUAUUGUAAAACAACUACAUCUUAUAAUAUGAUAUAAUGACAAAAACUCGUCGGGGCAAAAACUGCCCAUCUAUCUUGAAUUUUGAGGGCAUAUAACUGCAUGCAUAGCUACAUCACGCUGAGUAAGACGAGUAAAGAAAACGCGGUAGGCUUAAUAAAAGAAUCACCCUUUAUUUAAAUAUAUGAAUACCGAAAACCGCUGUUAACAGGUUAAUAUAACAUUUCCCAUUCCAUGAAAUAAUCACAAUUUUCUCUCUGUAAAAUGGCGUAAUCUGCAGGGUGAUGGACACGGAGGUGGGUAGAGGUUGAUGGUGUUGCCACCCUUCGCGCUGAAUGUAGCUAGGCAAAUCCUGCGGAAAAACUCGUAUAGCCUACUGUCGAGCUUACUUUACUUUACAUUUUUUCCGGGUGUGGACAGAGCCUCUCACUCUCCUGCUCGGAAUAGCUGCUCGCUGCAUCUUCUUGUUUGACAGGCGUCAGC